UUGCAAUAAGUCAAAAUAUGAAAAACUUUUUAAUAACGAAAAACAUAUAACUGAGCCAUUAAAUAUGGAAAGAAAUAGACGUCAACAGAAUAAAAUAAAUACUACUCGUAAUGAAUGCUGGGGCUGCGAAUGUUCAAAUUGUAAAAAUAAUAAUCAAUCAAACGAUGUUAAUGGUCGUAAAAGUCGAGUGACGAUUUUUGGUCAACUUGGAUUAACACAAGACGACCGCUAUGUCUUGAACUGUGCUGCCACGUUGAACGACAAACCUAUACAGACGAAUUAUAUGGACAAUAAUAAGAGUAUUUACCAGAGAGAAACUAGCCGAGACACAGAGACAAAGGCAACGCAGGCAACACAAGUAAAUUUUAACUUUUCAAAGCAAAAACCGGUAAAAGGUUACAAAAAUAAAACAGUGCAAUGUUGUUGCAAUGAUACAAAUUGCGCAAACAUGAUAGCACACGUUUCUGAUACUGAAUCUGAAGACAUUGAACUAAAACAAUGCAAAAGUCCAAUAGUCGUGAUAUCAGUUUAUCCAAGGCAGGACUCAAAAGACAAUAUCAAAAGUAAUCCCGUCAAAAUUAUUCGUCAUCAAAAUUCACCCCAAAAUAAAAUAUUUAGUAAAACACAUCAAGUGAACAAUAUCCAAGUUAAGAGCGAAAGGAAGCCCAGAACAGAAACUACAAAUAACAGUUUCAUUGAGCGUAGUAUUAACAGAAGUAGAUCCCCUUCUCCCGUUUCUAAAACGGUCAAAUAUAAAAAUACGGAUUCAAAUACAAGAAUUAAUAAUAGACCGAAACGAGUAAGCCCUUUUCGUCAAACAAGUCCUGAUAAAUCAGCAAAUAAAUCGAAUGACAUCAAACAGAAUGUUUAUAAUACUUCUAAAUCUAUAAAGGAAACAGAUAUUCGAAAAGAACAACAUGAUAUUAGAAAUUCAAAUAAAGAACAGGUUAAAAAGGCUUUAGUGAACACCUUCCUUAAAAAUAAUAAGUUGUUCGAUCCUAAAGAAGAUACUUCAAAAAUAACCAUAGAUAUUAAUGGUGAUAAAGAACAAUAUAAUGUUUUAUUUGAACAGCGUAAUUUUGAUACUGGGUUGACAGUGCGAAAAACAUUAAAAGCACAGUCUUACAAAAAAAGUAAUCAAAAGUAUGGUCCAAAAUCAAAGAAAAAAUUAUUAUCAUUAUCAGAGAAUGAUGAUAAAGAAUCUUGUAAGAACAGACUUUAUACUCCGCAAUGUCGCAACAUUCCUAAUUUGUUGGCGUCUGACUCAGGAUUAAAAGUGAAAGAUAGUCUUGAAAUUUGUCACAGACGAGAAGGGCGAAAUAGUUCUAGAUUAGAGCUCAGUCCAAGACCAACGAAUUUGAUCGAUUCCCCGAGCAAACAUUUUCGAGGUGACAACUGUUCCUUAAUAAAUCCAGACGAAAGAGAUAAAGAAAUUAGAAAAUUACUUGGUGUGCUAAGGGAUUAUCGAUACGAAGAUCGCGAGGAGCCUAAGUGUUAAAGAAAUACUUCCUUUAACUCAAAUCAUGACAAUAAAAAUUAAAAA